UAGCUAACGUUACAUGUCAACAGAAGGCAUCAGGAGACAGGAAGCUAUUCGUCACUGGCUAACUAGUUGGCUUUGCUAACGUUACUGUUUGCUGACUGAUGUACAUUCUGAAUUCGACACAUAGUUGGAAAUGUUACUUAUGUAACUAAGCACUUUUUUUAUUUUUCAGUCGGUCUGCAACACUCAGCCAGUUAGCUUACCCGAGUUGCCUAGCUAGCUAGCAUUAGCUGGCUUGAUUGCAGCAGCAUCAAUCAUGAUGAGUCCGACCCAAUGGGAUCUGCCCCCGGAGCUGUGCUGCCGGCCCAUGGCCUUUGUGGCCCUGACUGGGCUGGAUGUAACUUAUAACGCCAUCCAUAGGGCAAUAUGGGAUGCCUUCUGUGCCAACAGGAGGGCCGACAGGGUCCCCAUCUCAUUCAAGGUCCUUCCAGGAGACCAUGAAUACCCAAAGUGUAGGACCAAAAGAACCUCCUAUGAGUGGUACAUCCCCAAAGGGAUCUUGAAGACAGGCUGGAUGAACAAGCACCUGAACCUGGUACCUGCCUUGCUGGUGCUGUUCUAUGAGCUGGACUGGGAUGAUGCAGUUUGGAAGGAGAAACAGUCUGAGUGUGCCACUAAAGUAGAGAUAGUCAGAACAAGCCUUCAAGGAAGAAACACCAAGGUUGCAGUUGUUUUAAUUCAGAAGAAAACCCCUCUUCCUCCAGGUGAGGACCUGGUGGCUUCAGAGAGGGCUGCUUCCCUGUGCAAUGCCUGUGACCUGUCUGGGAAGUCUCUCUUCGUCCUCCCUCACACUGAUCACCUCGUGGGCUACAUCAUCAGGCUGGAAAAUGCGUUCUAUGAGCAUGCACAGACCUACUAUUACACAGAGAUUAGGAGGGUCAAAUCCCACAAAGAGUUCCUCAACAAAACAACCCAUCAGUUGCUGUUUGUGAGACACCAGUUUAAGAUUGCAUUCUUCAGCGAGCUCAAGCAAGACACACAGAAUUCCCUAAAGUACUACAGGACUGCCUACAGCCUUGUACAUGAGCUGAGAACCCACGAGACCAACAUGCUGGAGAUAAAGACCAUGGCUGGAUUCAUAAACUACAAGAUCUGUCGACUAUGCUUCCAACACAACACACCUUUGGAUGCCAUUGCUCAGUUCAGGAAGCAUAUUGAUCUGUGCAAGAAGAAGAUUGGUAGUGCAGAACUGGCAUUUGAGCACACAGCAUGGAUGUCCAAACAGUUCCAGUCUUUUGGUGACCUGUUUGAUGAGGCGAUCAAGCUGGGUCUGACGGCCAUCCAGACUCAGAACCCUGGCUUCUACUACCAGCAGGCUGCCUACUACGCCCAGGAACGCAAGCAGCAAGCAACUCACCUGUGUGCCCAUGAGGCCAGUGUGAGCUACCCCACCCCAGACCACCUGGAUACGCCCAGCGGGGCUCUGGACUUCUAUGGGCAGAGAGCCUGGAGACAGGGCCACCAGAGUAUCGAUCCCCCACACAUGGAGAAGGAGAAAGGAGGGAUCCUGGCGCUGCAGAUGAAGGAGAAGGAUGUUCCCCACUCCGAGCUAAUCAUUGCUCUGCUCAGCAACGCUGUGGCUCAGUUCAAGAAAUACAAGUGUCCUCGGAUGAAGAGCCACCUGAUGGUGCAGAUGGGAGAGGAGUACAACCAUGCCAAGGACUACACCAAAGCACUGAAACUGCUGGACUAUGUGAUGUGUGACUACCGUACAGAGCGCUGGUGGAGCCUGCUCACCUCCAUCCUCAGCACAGCGCUACGGUGCUCCUACCUGAUGGCCCACAUCAAGGACUACAUCACCUACUCCAUGGAGCUGGUCGGACGAGCUUCUACUCUACGGGAGGAGCAGAAAUCCAGGAUUGAGAAGAAUCUCAUCAAGGUCCUGAUGAACGAGGUCCCAGAGGCAGAGCCAGAUUGUGACCAGGCCUCAGCCAAGGCUGCCCAGGCCCUGUGGAGCGACCGCAUGUCUCUGGCUGGCAGCAAUGAGUUCACCAUCGAGGUGCAAGACUACGUACCCUUUGUCCAGUGUAAGGCCAAGUUCCUGUCCCCUAGUUUCCACGUGGAUGACCCGGUCCAGCUGCAUGUCUACCUGAGGGCUGACUGCCCUCACCCUGUCCGCUUCUCUAAACUGUGUGUCAGCCUCAGCAACCAGGAGUAUAACCAGUUGUGUGUGGUAGAGGAGCCGUGUAAGUCUCAGGAUAUCCUAGAGGCCUCCAGUCAAGAGAACAUGUGCCUGGUCCCUGGCAAGACACGCAUAUACAGCUUCAAGUUUGUGGCUAAAACUGAGGAUGUGGGGAAGAAGAUAGAGAUCACAGCGGUGGACCUGAUGCUGGGCAGUGAUAACGGCCGCUGCGUCUUCCUCAACUGGCGAGGCGGGGGAGGAGAUGCUGCCUCGUCCCACGAAGCUCUGCUGGCGGCCAGGUCCUUUAAGAGCAGGGGGCGUGUCCCAGAGCAGCAUGUGGAAUGGGACACCGUGUCUAUCCAGGCCAGCACCAUGAUAAUCUCUCGCAUUCCCAAGAUCUCUGUUCAGCUGAGUCAUGAGCCCCCUGCUCUGAACAACGAGAUGUACCGCAUCACUGUCUCCAUCCAGUCCAACGAGGAGACAGUGACCAAAGACGUCAAACUCACUGCCGGACUCAAACCAGGUCAGGAUGCAAACCUCACACAGUCCACCCAUGUGACCCUGAACGGUUUGGAGAUGUGUGACGAAUCCCAUCCUGCACUGCUUCCAGACAUUGCCAUUGGAGACCUCCAGCCGGGAGAAAAGGUUGAGAAGUGUCUGUAUGUUCGCUGUGUCACCACUGGAGCCAGAAUCUUCCUGUUCCAUGUUGCCUAUGCCUUGAGCACCAAGGUGGAGGGCAAAGACAUCACCUGCAGGUGUCACAAAGAUGAAACUGUUACCAUAGAAACCGUUGUUCCAUUUGAAGUUGCUGUGAAGUUUGUAUCCACAAAGUUUGAGCACCUGGAUAGAGUGUAUGUGGACAUCCCCUUUCUGCUGAUGACGGACAUCCUGAGUGCGUCCCCUUGGCCUCUCCACCUCGUGACCAGCCAGCUGCAGCUGGCCCCCACCAUGGCUGCCAUGGACCAGCCCCAGUCCCAGGUGGAGCAGGUGGUGCUUCAGACAGGGGAAUGUGCCAGCGAGUGUUUCAGCCUUCAGUGUCCCCCUGUGCUCAACGGGACGAGCAGCGUGGCGUCUGGACAGUACCUCAUCUCCUGGAAGAGGAAAUCUUGGUGUGCAGAUGCACCUGUCGUGACGACUGUUGCCACCCUCCCCCAUGUGAUAGUGGAGACCAUUCCUCUAUAUGUUCAUGCAGAGCUGCCGUCGUUUGGAAGGGUGCGGGAGUCUAUGCCAGUGAGGUACCACAUCCAGAACCGGACGGGGCUGGUCCAGGACGUGGAGAUGUCUGUGGAACCCAGUGAUGCCUUCAUGUUCUCUGGCCUCAAGCAGGUGCGUCUGAGGAUCCUGCCUGGAGCGGAGCAGGAGAUGUUGUAUAACUUCUACCCUCUGAUGGCAGGGUACCAGAACCUUCCCCAGCUCAACAUCAGCCUGCUGCGCUUCCCUGCCGUGUCCGGACAGCUGCUUCGCCGCUUCCUCCCCUCACGCAUCUUUGUCAAGCCCCAGGGCCGACAAGCAGAAGAUGCCUCCAUUGCAGCGGCUUGAGAUCCAUAACAAGACCCCACCCCUAAGUGAGAUCCAUAACAAGACCCCACCCCUAAGUGAGAUCCAUAACAAGACCCCACCCCUAAGUGAGAUCCAUAACAAGACCCCACCCCUAAGUGAAUACUAGUUUACCUGAAACACAUCUCUCACCUAUUGGGCUCAACUGGAAAAUGUUGUACCACAGAUGCAUUCACUUUUUGACCUCCUGUAAAAUCACGCUUUUAAAAGGAUGCUUAACUACAAUAGUUUACUUUAUAAUCUUGAUUGAUCCGUAACUGAUUAAUAUUGUAGCUUGCUGAUCUAAAACCUUAGGCUUUUGUUAUCAUGUCAUGUAGCUGUUACACGGGGUGUGUUUGUAAAUUCACUCCGUCUAUUUACUCUGAUUUCAGAGCACUCUUGUCUUAGUGUGCCAGAGCGCAGAAUAACUGAUGGAUUUCUGAACGAGCAACACACACUGAAUAUGAUCAGUGUCAGUAAACAUAGACAAAAAGUGUAGUUAAAUUGUUGCCAGCAGUAAGUUCGUCACCAACACUCUGGAUAACAUGAAAGCCUAACCAGCUCUGUUAGGGUGAGUAAAAUAGUCAGAGUUAGGUGUUAGGUGUUCUCUCAUUUGUGUCUGGAAGUAGCUAGCAAGCUAGCCAACUUCAGCCAGUUAGCUUGGAUGCUUGCCAUUGUGAGGUCAGAACGCUCGGCUCAUCCCUACUCCUCGGCCAGAGCAGAGCAUCCAAUGUGCACUCUGAACACUCCGAGAGCGAAACGCUCUGAAUUUACGAAUAGUGCGCACUCUGGCAUUCGAGUGAAUUUACUAACACACCCACAGUAAUUUCCCUCACAUUUUACUUGAUCAAUGAUGCAGUUCCUCAUUAAUCUUCAAACUAAAACAUUUGGGUGAGUUAUGAUUGUGUGUGUGUUUCACUGACUGUCAAAUGUAAUGAAUACAGUAUAACUAAGACGGCAUAGUAUUAAAGGUUUUUGUGAAGAUUGUA